CACAUUUUCAUCUGCAACUCCAAGGCUUCAUACGCCCCAUUGAAAGCAAUAAAAACGCAGACAUGAUAUCUACGAAAUUCCGGAUAAGUUCUCAAAGCUCCAGGCUGUUCUUCAGAGCAGUUUCUACGCUAAAGAACAACUCUCAUAUUAAAGUCUUUGACAAUGCUGCAGCUCCGUCAUCAUAUAUUCUCACAUAUCUAGACACCAACCCCCCUUCAAAAACACUUGCCGUUGGCGUAACUACAGCAGUCCCCCCAACACCUCAGUCAUUCAAAGAAAACCCCAAGUUUAUAUCAAUACUCAACGAGGUGGUAUCCGAGUAUGGCCACCAAGAUGAGGAUGUGAUUGCGCAGGCAAAAGCUUUUGCAAGCACCGGGGGGUUCAAUCUUGGAUCAGGGGGCUCCUUCUUUCCUGGCCAAUCCCAACAGGGCCAUCGAGGAUCUUCCGGGAAGCAAGGGGGAGGAGGAGGUGCUGGAGGAGGCGGCGCUGGCGGUGCCAGUGCUCAGGGAGGUGCUGGAGGUGCGGGCCGUGGUGGAUUUGUUCACUUGAGUGACCGCAGGAAUCCUCCCGACUUUGGCCGGAUUGCGUGGCCGGAGGAUAUACUGGGGAGUGUUGAAGUAGAUGAAGCUGGAGAAGUUGUAGGCAAGCUUCAGCCAAGUGGAACGUACAGAGCAGUGACCAAGGAAGGAAUCCUUGGAUUAAGUCCCUUCUUGAGAGGCAAGCUGAUCGAUCGACUUCGGCAAGAAGAAGCAAAGGAGAAAAAGUCAUAAUGUUGUUAGUAGUUUACAAAACGUAAUAUCCAAACCAUAUUAGAUGAGUUGCCGUCAAUGUCGCAAACGGGGAUGUAUUGCCCCUACAUCGCU